GCGCUCGCUCGCCCGGCGCGUAGAUGUGCCGUACUCCUCGAUCGUGUGGCGUGUGCGCCGUGCAGCGCUUUUUCCGAUGGGACGGAGGACGCUUUUGUGCACGAAGAUGGUGUCCCGUGAACUUCGGUCGACGAGACGGACUGAAGUUUGCGCUCUGAUCGGAUCGGCCAGCUCGCAGCAGUAGCGGCGAGCCGCACAGGAGUCCAAAGCAAGCAGCCCUUCCAUAACUGGAUCGAUACCCUAAAAUCCGUUGGAAUGAACGGGAUGGGAACCUACGCGCUUUCCAUGUCCGUGCUUCUGUGCACGGUCGCCGCUCCCAACGGCUUGAUUCCGCUGCAGCCGAGCAGCGUCGAUAAGGUGGAAACUGUCGAAGCCAGCACGCUCAAGAGUCUCUACAUUGCGGCGGUGUUCCCGAUGAAAGGCCACGGCGGCUGGCUCGGCGGGCAGGGCUGCCUGCCCGCGGCCCUCAUGGCCCUCGAAGACGUAAACAAGAGGUCCGAUCUUCUCAUAGGGUACAAGCUGGAGAUUGACUGGAGAGACAGCCAGUGUAAUCCCGGUCUUGCAGCCACCGUCAUGUACGAUCUCUUGUACAACGACCCUCAAAAAUUGAUGCUGCUCGGAGGUUGCAGCAUAGUGUGCUCUACCAUCGCCGAAGCUGCCAAGAUGUGGAAUUUAGUUGUUAUAUCCUACGGUUCUAGUUCUCCCGCACUGUCGAAUAGGAAACGCUUUCCGACGUUCUUCCGAACGCACCCUUCAGCCACGAUCCACAACCCGACGCGCAUCAAGUUGUUCCAGAAAUUUGAAUGGUCGCGCAUCGCCAUCAUCCAGGAGGCGGAAGAGGUGUUCACUUCGACGGGAGAGGACCUUGAAAUUAAGUGCAAAGAGGCGCACAUUGAAAUUGUCACAAGACAGAGCUUUCUGACCGAUCCCACGGAUGCGGUGAAGAACCUGGUGAGGCAAGAUGCGCGGAUCAUUGUGGGUAUGUUCUAUGUGGCAGCAGCUCGCCGGGUUUUUUGUGAGGCAUACAAGCAGAACGUGUUUGGCAAGCAGUAUGUGUGGCUGCUGAUUGGCUGGUACGAGGAUGGCUGGUACACGGUGCAGGACAAGGGCCACAACUGCACCACGGAACAGAUGAAGGAGGCCCUGGAAGGGCACUUCACCACCGAGGCCCUCAUGCUCAACCAGGGCAACCAGGAGACCAUCUCGGGCAUGAGCUCACAGCAGUUCCUGGAGCGAUACGAGCUGGCUUUGGCCGAACAAAACGGCAUGAACGGCUACCGCCCUGAGGGUCACCAGGAGGCACCGCUGGCGUACGACGCCAUCUGGGCCAUUGCCCUGGCCCUGAACAAGACCAUCAACACACUCAAGGAGUACUCGAUGAGCAUCGAGGACUUCACCUACACCAACAAGAAGAUUGCAGAUGAAAUCUGGUCGGCCAUGGACGCCACUCAGUUCCUUGGCGUCUCGGGAUUUGUUGCAUUCUCUGCCUUGGGAGACCGCAUGUCGUGGACACUCAUCGAACAAAUGAUUGAGGGAAGCUACGUCAAGAUUGGCUAUUACGACAUCGAGACCGACAACUUAACCAUUUACACUCAGGCGAAGUGGACCGACGGCAAGCCACCGCAAGACCGCACCAUCAUCGUCCGGGUGCACAGGAAGGUGUCACUCAGCCUCUUUGCCGGAAUGUGCGCCGUCGCCUUCAUUGGUGUCGUCUGGGCAGUGGGACUGCUUGUCUUCAACUGGAUCUUCAGGCACUCCAGGUACAUCCAGCUGUCACAUCCAAUGUGCAACAACAUCAUGCUGAUCGGCAUCAUUUUGUGCCUGGUUUGUGUCUGUCUGCUCGGACUGGACGGACAGUUUGUCAGCGAGUUCAGAUAUGCACACAUCUGCCAGGCUCGCUCCUGGUUCCUAACCAUUGGCUUCACGCUCUCCUUUGGGGCCAUGUUCUCCAAGAUAUGGAGAGUCCACCGAAUCACCACCAUGUCGAAGUCGGAGAGCAAGGGCCUCUCAUUCCAGAAGGUAGAGAGUUGGAAGCUGUACGGCAUGGUCGGGGCCAUGGUGCUGAUCGACGCGGUCAUCCUGACCGCCUGGCAGCUGGUGGACCCUAUGAAGCGGGAGCUCGAGAUCUUCCCCCUCGAGGACCCUGAGAUGUCCGAUGAGGACGUCAAGAUUGAGCCUGCCCUCGAGCACUGCGAGUCCAAGAACCACGCCAUCUGGCUCGGCGUCAUGUAUAGCUACAAGGGCCUCCUGCUCAUCUUUGGAAUCUUUCUCGCGUAUGAGACGCGGAGCGUCAAGAUCAAACAGCUCAACGACUCUCGACUUGUCGGCAUGAGCAUCUACAACGUUGUGGUGCUGUGCUUGAUCACGGCUCCUGUCACCCUGGUGAUUGGCAGUCAGCAGGAUGCCACCUUUGCCUUUGUGGCCCUGGCAAUCAUCUUUUGCAGUUUCCUUUCUAUGGCACUCAUCUUUGUGCCUAAGAUCAUAGAGCUGGUACGGAGGCCACGCGAGCGUGCGGAUGUGCGCAGUCUCAUGGACACCAUCACCAGUAAGGAGGAAGAGGAAAGGCAUCAGAGGCUCCUAGCUGAGAAUGAGGACCUCAAGAAGCAGAUAGCAGAGAAAGAGGAACAGAUUCAGCUGCUGAACCAGAAGCUGCAGGAGCGGCAGCGCAUGGCAACGGCACUGCCGUCAAGCGGGGAGCGGGUGCGCAUCGCGCUGCCCCCGACCUACGCAGAUGGAAUGCUGGCCCCACGGGAGCAGAUAGCCAUCGACCCCGUCUCGGAUUCGGGCUUCGUCACCGGAACGUCCGUAGCACGCGGAUCCAGGCUGUCCCAUUCGGACUUUGAGUUUUCCGAGUCAUACUUAUAAGCGAACCUCGACACGCUCGCCUCUUGUAGGCCCUGGGUUCGACGGGAGACUCGCACGAGCCGCAGACGGUGACGUUCCGUCUUCUCGUUUUUUUGCUUGUGUAACCACGUUUAUUGCUCACGUGCAAGCGCUGGGGCGAGGGAGAAGCACAAAAACACGUCCACAAAGGGUGCUGCACACAAAACUGUGUGUCAAGGUUAACAUUUUUAGCUUUUCACCAUGCCAGCUAUGUUUUUAGCUCAUUUGUAGGUGCUUGAGGAAGGGAGGCAGCCUAAAAUUCAUCCGCCAAAGGGUCUGCACACAAAACACUGCAUUGUGGUUACGGCCUCUUGUGUUUUUCACCCUUAUUUCUAGCAAGGUUUGACCAUACCGGAGAGGCAUUGUGUUUCACUGUGAUAGAAAUUGGCAUUUACUGGAGUAGACAUUGUCUACACUGCAUCGGUGCAUAAAGUCAGCUAAUUGAAUCUCGUAAGGUGGGGCACUAUUACACAUAGUUCAGUUGCUCGUCCGCACCAGAGCAUCAUCUUUUUUUAUGACAGUAGGGCAGUACUAUAGCAUGAAAAAUUUACUUGUUUUGGUCUUCAUGAUUAUUAGGCAUGUGGCUUAUAAUCAUGAGUUUGAAGCAAAUUAAAAGCAAACAGUGCAACCCACUUACAACAAUACAACAUAUAACGAUAUACUAUAGCACUUAUAACAAUCAGUUUCUAGAGUAUCUAGACUGGAAAUGAUCAGUUUCUAGUCUAGGUACAACGAUAAUCGGUUAUAAUUGAAAUUUCGGGUUUUUGCAUUAUCGUUAUAAGCGGUUUGCACUAGUGGUUUUGGCCGAAUAUUUUUAAAUAGAAUAUCGAAAGAAUAUUUAAUAGUUUUUCCAAGUCACUCAUUAGCGUACAAUAUGCUUAAACGAAAAUUCAGCUAAACUGGUGAAGGUUGUUUCCAAUCUUCCACUUGUCCACUUCUAAGCUCAGUUAAUUUUAAUAUAACCAUAUGAACUGUUAAUGUAAACAACACAUUUGUCGCAGCUAUCCUGAUCGAGAGGAUUUAUAAAUUGGCUUUGCAAAGGCAUAUAUUGUUUCUCUUAUUUUAAAUUUGACAGCAAAAGAAAACAAGCGCGAAUGAUGAAUGCAGACUGUCAAGACAUCGCCGCCUAAUGUAUACUUUUGCAUAAUCGCGGCAGGUUAGCCCCAUUGAGUGUGCUUCCCACUGAGCGCCUGUGCACCGCGGGGAAACAAUACCCGCGAGCUCGGUGGGUAUUGCUUCGCCGCAGUGCACAGGUGCUCGGUCAGAAGCGUACUAAACGGGGCUAACCCACUGCAAUCAGCACUUCGAAAAGUAUGAAUAUCGUAGUUCGCCUCGAAGCAAAUAUUGAAUAGCGCAUUAUUCGAAACUACUAUCUGGAAAUUCGAAUAUUCGCAGAACACUAGUGAUUAUAUAUCCACAGAAAGGCAGAAUUACUAUUACAAGUGUUUAGACAAGGACUAUCAACCUGGAAUAAUAUGUCGGAGUGAACACCAAUUGGCUUAAAGGGGUUAUGACACGAAAAUUAAACAGAUUAUAGGAACAUACAAUGGGUCCUAGCAGUAUUGUUAUAUCAUAUUUUAUUUUUGGCAUGUCAUAACCCCUUUAAUGAAGUUUCAGCAUCUAGGCUUUUUGUUUUCAGUUGAUUUUCCGCAUUACAGUUGGCACAGAUUUAUCGGUGAUCAUGUAGCAGUAAAGACUGAAAAUACUAGUCGCCAUUUGCAAGGUCUAAUUUCGACAGCUAGUCCAGAGAUCUUUUCUCGGCCCCUUCGACUAAUCUGAAUUCAGUCGCAACCCCCUUUGUUCAUUGUGGCCAAACUCCUGAAAUUCCUGAUGGGCACACCUUUCUCGUUCACUGCGGCACGUGAGGCAUCCUCGAAAGGCCUUAGUUGCAUGUGCAUGUAAUGGAGGAAGCACAGCCUCCCUGAGACACGGAAGGCAGGCUCACCUUGUUUUAUGCCAAACUUUUCUUCCCUUUGUGUGCUUCAGUCCGAUCUUGAGUUGCUUGUGCGACAUAUGUUUCAUGAGAAACGGACUCGCUGGUCGAGUUAUUAGUAGAUUGUGGAAUCUCGGUUUUUUUAUUUUAUCGUUGCUCUCGGCGGCUCGUGCGUGUCCCCUGGGCGAGGUGUCGCUUACUGCUCGGCAGAUUUCUUCGAACGAGGCAGACCUUGGCACAGCGUUCACUGAGGCAAGAAAAAUGCAACGAGCCUGCCAGACCAUCCCGAAGGGAGACUGCACUGUGGAACACACUUUUCUCUAUUUUUGUUUUGGUUGUCGCAGAACACCGAAGCCCGCAGCUCGCAGACAUGUGCACGCGACAUUGCGAACAACGGUGCGGAUGUUGUCUGCUACUCAUUUUUGGACUGUGAUACCCCAGGUAUCCGUGUAAGAAUGCAAGCAAUCUACAAGAAGCACAAUUUGUAUUUACAGUGCUAUUACUUCGCCAUGUUUUUGUUUUGUUUUUCUUGCAGAGUUUAUUUUGAAGCAUUCCCUUUUUGUUGCUUUUAGAUGGUCCACUAUGGAAAGCACAAUUUUUAUUUACAAGGGUUAUUACUUACACCGUAUGUUCUUUUUUAACUUUUGCCUGGAGAGUUUGUUUGGAAGCAUUAACUUUUUUUAAUUUUAGGCAGUGCCAAAUUUGUGUUUUGCUUUGUGUGAUAGUACUUUUGAUAUCUUUUGUUGGUGCAUUUUUACUUCGUUCAGAUAUGUUUUAGAAAACUUUUGUUGUUGCAUUCAUUUGUGUUUUGUUUUUAUUUUUGUUGUAACAAAGGUUGGCCAAGUUGCUGGAAAGUGUUGUAUUUGGACUGUGUUCAUACUCUUUUUUUUUCCUGAUUUUCAGUUACGCUGCAUUUUGUUCCUGGUGACAACACUGUGUUUUGUUCUGAAGUGCAGGGCUUUUGUCAUGAUGGCGGCACUUGACACGGCAGAGCUUUGGAGACAAACACACAACAAUAGUAGUACAAAACUUGUGAUGCAUCCGUGACCUCAUGCUCCUCAUCAGGCCUUCUUUCAUUUGCAUUUUUACAAGUUGCAGUUGUGAUAUACGAGCUGCGAGCUUGUUUAUACAUAUUCUCACUUUUCGACAUGCUCCUUGGAGCAAAGCUACUCUGUGGUGACAUCUAUCGUUUUGUUCCUGCAUUGCUUUUUCUUUUUUUUUUAACCUCAGCUUAUUUAAAAAUUUAUUUUGAGGUUUGAUAUUAUAAUUUUAGGGCAUCAUUAUUUGCCCGUUGACAGAGUUAUACUCCAGAAGAAGGUUCACUGCUUUUCUAAUUUCUCAUAAAAGUAUAUUUCUCCAACAUCGGUGACUCAUUGUUACUGGGAUUGUGCUGUUAAAAUAAUUUAUUCUAUAGCAGUGCUAUAGGAAUAGUGUGCCAUAGUCAUUAUUCAUCACCUGAAGAUCUAAGCAAAAAAGAUGAGCAAGUUUAAUUUUCAUUGGAGCAAUCUCUCAUUUUACGCUUCUCAAUUUGCUUUGAAUGCAUUCAAAUGAAGUUUCUGGGCUCUGUUGGAGCUAAGGUCGCUGGAUAUAGGCUAGGGGUGGUUUUGCAAUGCACUUCUCAAACCUCUUCUUGAGGGUCAGCUAGGACGCUCUCUGUGUUGUUGCCUUGUAAAUAGACAAAACUAGAAGUCAGCAGUCUGGAAAGCAUUAAACAGCAUAGUUUGAGCCACACCCGUCAUCAUUGUUAACAUGUCUGGCAGCGCCUUUUGGUCGUACUGUACAUAAGGCUGUCUACAAUCACGACGAAGCGUGUCUUUCUUAUAUCUUUGUUUGAUCGGUUGUCGCAUGCAUUAGUUGACGAUCGAGCCCCUUAGACCGUGAUGCUAUCCCAUUACCUGCUUCUACAGUUUUCUGCACGACGUCUGGUCGCAACCGUCUAGGGCUUUUGUUUUCGUUAUUGUUGUUGCCGAGAUGCCAUUCGUUGUCUUCUAGUCAGGAGCAUAGUUUUACAAGUCCGGCGAAAAAAGAGAUGCUAUCCGGCCCAGAAAGUUGCAGGCGUUUCAGGCAGUAGAGUAGCCUGCCCAUCAGCACCUAUAUAGAUCCGUUGUGCAUUAUGAUGCGCUGGCCUCCCACUUCAAGAUCAAAGCCCUGUUGUUGAACCGAACAAGCUCAUCAGUUAUAGGACAGCAGGGAAAAUACCAGUGGAAGCAGAGAUUGGGUUGCGACAUGUUUCAGUUUUAAUGCCCACCUUGUGAAGUGUGACUGCCUUGUCUCUAAUUACUUUGACUCUACGUUUUGCAUACUGCCUGUCCUCACAGUAUUACACUCACCACCUCUGUUAGCUAGAACAUGGCAGAUAGACCAUGAAGCACAGUCAGAAUCUCGCUUUAGAGUUCCGAGACGGGGCGUCGGGUACAAACACCCUUCUUGCAAUCGUGCGGAGCUCUAUUGCAAGUUUUGUCGACGUAUGUUAAAGUUUUGGGCGCUACUUGAUGCAAUCCUGCCUAGGCCUGUUUCUAUUCGCUUCUUUGUAUGUAUGUUCCCUUAGAAGAUGACAACUUUGGCUGUUGAUGAUGUGCGAAUUAUGAUGCUUGCUCCGGCACCGAUUGUCCUCUUCCACUCCUCUAUCUGUUGCCGACUGUGUUGGCGUGGUUAGCCGGUGCCAGGCUUAGGUUGUGAAGCUACCCGUGUGCUUGGUCUUGCACUGUGAAGUUUUUUGUUGGCAGGUCGGUUUCUUUCUUAUCUGCUAGCGUCGAUACUCCUAAGAAGUGUCAAGGUGCACGCUGUGUUCUUGUGCAAGCUGUCUUCACAAAGGCCGCCAUUUCUCUCUUGUUACAUGCCAUUGAGGUGGGAGGUAUUUAUUUCGCUGCAUCAGUUAGAGCUUGCCUAGUUGUUGCCUUUACUUGUGAAUCUCCUUUUACAUUCAUGCUUACUCUUACAUAUAUGCUAAAAAGGCUAUUUACUUUUACUUUUUAGGAUUCUAGCUGGAUCUACCUGUUUCACCAAGUCUAGAAAUCAAAUAAUACAGAUGUGCAUGUCACAUUUUUUCUAUGAAACGCAUCACCAGUCUUGUGCGCUUUCCCCAUCUGCGCUGAGGAGGGAAGGUAACAAAUCGGCCGAACAGCAACUAUGGCCUUCCAUCAGUCAUCCUCUAAGUACAGAGGAUAAGUGAAUAAGGUUAAGAACAAAAAUAUUAAUGCCGGGGUUAACACAUGAUGCACAGCCAGAGAGGAGAGAAUCUCCCCUCGAUUCCUCUUUUCCAACUCGAGAACAAAGGAAAGUAAGUUUUCUUUCUGUGGGGAGUAGCUCAGAGAUGCGUUCUCUUUGGGAGAGGAGAAAAGAGUGUGAAAGGGAAUGGAUAGGACAAGGAGCAAGGAUUUUCUGCAUGGCAGAAAAAGAGUUCUGUAGGUCGGCGUAUAACACCAAUAUUUUUCUUGUGCGGGCAAUGGAUUAUUUCAGCCAUUGUAGAAGGUUGACCCCUUUUUGAAGCAGGUAGAUUAAGUCUUGGAAAGAUGGCCAGAAAAGUAUUUAGUGCAGCUUUACGUUGCUCAGUAGGAUCUGGUUCCCGUGGACAGUGCAGUCCGUGGUGUGCCGCUUUAAAGUUGUCAAAAACCUUUGAUUGUAAGUCUGCACGUUCAAUUCGAAGCUUAUAGGCAAAAGUCAGUGUUGCUUUGUUGGGAGUGGAUGAGUUAAAGUAGCUACCUAUGGAGUACCAUUCUUACUGUCUACACUUGCACAUAGUUUGUUUAUUUCUGUUGCAAACUCUGAAGAAAAAGUUGAGCGUUGUUUUUACAUUCCUGCGUCGUUCAAGAACCACAAGGCACUUGAUACAUUUCAUGAGGAGGUAUAAGAUAGGAAUUUAUUCUACAUAACUGAUGUGGCGAGCAAUGUGAAAGCGAAGUACAAAAGUUUAAAUCUGCACGAGUCUGCUUUUCAGCAGAUUCAUGUAUAUUCAAACUUUACACGGGGUUACCGGGUUGUUUUCACCUGUACAUAAAUGCUGCUCCUUCCUCCCUUGUGUCCAGUGAGUUUUGUAAGAUUUGUGUACUGCCAAAACGUUAGCUGCCAAUAAAUUUCAUUGACACUGUCGCG